AUUCCUAAAAUUAGAAUUUCUAUAUAUAAAUAUUUUUCUUAUUUAUAUUAAUUUUGAAUUUAUUUAUUAAUUAACAGUGCGUUAAUUUUUAGUCUACUAUUAAUUUAAUUCGUUUAAUUAUAAAUACUCUUAUAACAUAUGUAAGAAAAAGGUUAGGUUAUGUUAGUCAUCACGCAAUCCGGCAAAAGAGGCAGAAGUUUAUUAUGAGUGUUUUUCAAUAAUUAUUUAUUGUUUUUAAUAAAGUUGUUAUUAUUUUGUAUAUAGUGAAAAUGUUUUCACGUCUUAAGCCAAGCACGUAUUCUCGGCUAAUUUCAAAAUCGGGACUAAUAACACAGACAUAUUCACAAAAUAGGGCUCUGCAUGUUUUUCUAAGAACAAAAAAUCUUGCUAGUAAAACAAAUUAUUUAGGAUGUUUCUCGUCCUCUUUAAUUAAUAAUACAAGUUCUGUAAGAUUUGCAAGUACGAAUCAAACGCCUAUUGCGGAAUUACCUGUCCAAGCAGAAUUACCUCUAAUUCCAGAUGCCCCAAUACCACUGGAAAUAACGGAAGUAAUUGGAGAAGCUCCUCUUGAAAGUUUUGGAUUAGGAUCAUAUUAUACUCCAGUUGGAUGGAUACAACAUGCUGUGAACUUCAUGCAUACGUCAUGCGGUCUACCUUGGUGGACAACAAUUAUUAUUGGAACUGUCUUUAUAAGAUGCAUAACAGUACCAGUGUUUUUGGCAAUGCAAAGGCAUCAUGCACUUCGUGAGGUGCAUAAAAAAGAUUUAUCAUAUUUUGAUAGAAAAAGGAAGGAGGCAUCAGAUGAAAAUGAUCAAUUUAGAGCCAAUAUGUAUGUGCAAAAACAAGAGCAUUUUUACGCCAAAAACAAUAUGUUGACGACGGUGAAAAUGGGAAGAAACAGUGCUAUACAGGGUGUUUGUUUUGCCUCGUUUUUCUUGGCAAUUAACAAAAUGGCAGCGGCUCCGUUACCAAGUUUUAAAGAAGGUGGUUUCGCAUGGUUCACCGAUUUAUCUGUGACCGAUCCCUAUUACGUAUUGCCAAUUAUUACUAGUUUAUCUACUGGUUUAUAUUUAUACUUGACUCCAACUCCAACACUAGCAAACAGUGUACAAAUGCAAAAAGUACAGAACAUCAAAUAUAUCUUUCCUGUUAUUGGUCUUGUUAUCAUGCUCUAUCUUAAGGCAGGUUCAUUAUUUUAUGUCAUAACUACAACGUGGAUAACAUUUCUUUUUCAAGCUUUAGUCAGAGUUCCAAAAAUACGAGCUUUGUGUAAUAUUCCACCUAUUGUAAAACAUCAAGACGCUAAAACUUCAAUGGACGAUAUGAGUUGGUCGUCACUUUUCACUCCUAUAAAGGAAGCUUGGCAGGGUAUGAUGAGAAACAGGCAAAAACGAUCUGCUGCUGGUUCAGAUAUCAGGCAAUUUCAAAAUGCCGGCAGGGGACCUCUAAUUAAAACCUAUAAAUAUGAUCCAACAAAAUUUGUCGUUCGUAAAGAAAUUAAACAAUAGAAUAUUUUUUAAGUACCACAAAUUGUAAAAUACCUGCUUUUUACAUUUUUUAUUGAUAAAAGUUAACCAUAAUCAUGGUAAGACAAUUGUCAACAACGUUAGAAAAAAUAAAAAUUUAUUUAAAACAA